AUGAAUCAUACUGAACAAGCAAAAGAACAAAUGUUGAAUGAAUGUCGUUUGGCUUAUGAAAACGAUGAAAAUGGACUACAAGCAAUCGAGUUAUUUCGCUCAACUUAUACAUCCGAUCAAGCUAUUAAAUGGUAUACAGCUGAUUCGUUCAUAUAUCGUCUAUUGAAUCGAACUCUUCGAUAUCGUGAAAAUUUUGAGAAUGUCUAUAAAUUUCGAUAUUUUAUUGCUGAUCUACAUCGUCAAUUGAGAAAAAUGCAGGGUAAUUUUAAAGCGACAACUGUCUACCGCGGACAAAUGAUGAACAAACAUGAAUUGGAUAUGUUCAAAGAGAAUCGUGGUAAAUGCAUGUCGGUAAAUACAUUUUUAUCUACUACUUUAGAUGAAGCUGUUGCCAGAUGUUACGCUGGUGAUGGGGAAGAACGACCCAAACUAGAGUCAGUCUUAUUUGUUAUUCAUAUAGAUUAUUCAAUUACAAAUAUCAAACCAUUUGCUUCUCUGAUGGAUGAUACACGCUUUAAAGAUGAAGAAGAAGUUUUGUUUUCAGUGGGUAGUGUAUUCGAAAUUUCUGAACAUAUUGACCUUAUCAGCGGUACGAAUAUCUGGAGAAUUGAGUUGAAAACGUCGAAUAUCCAAAAUCAACAUGUAAUCGAUUUGAUGAAUUAUUUUAUGGAUGAAAUAUAUUACGACACUAAAGACAUGGUUUUGGGUAAAUUUUUGAUUUAUAUGGGAAAAUACAAGGAUGCAGAAAACUAUUUUAACGAUAUUCGUCGUCAAAUUGUCGACAACGAGCAAAGACCGUUCUAUGUGCUCGAUUUACACAUGAGUUUGGGCGUUGCUUAUCACUACCAGACCAAUUAUAUUCAAGCCGAAGCAUUAUAUGAUCUUGUAAUUAAACACUGGAUAUAUCAAACAAAUUUAAAUUAUUUGAAAUGCCGAAAUCAGUUGGGUAAACUAUAUCUUGAUAAAGAAUGUUAUGAUAUGGCUGACUUCCAGUUCGACUGUGUUUUGUCUUCUUUAAAAGAGUAUAAGGAAAAAAAUCAAAAAAAGUAUUGUUUAUUGCUAGCUGAAACAUACAUCAAUAUAGCAUCGUCACAACUUGAAGCUGAUAAUAGCUACGUUUUCGAAUCAGAAAAAGUGUUCCAGUUAUUAUGUUUAGCGGAACAAAUCUAUAGAAAAAUUUUACCAAGAAAUCAUCCACUGUUUGCUGAAUUACGUUAUUAUUUUGGUUGCGCCUAUUUUAAAAAGGAUAUCAAUGAUAUGCGAGCUUUAGACAAUCUUCAACAUUCCAUGAAUAUACAAUUAUUAUCGUUACCAAAGAACCAUAUACAACGUGUAAAAAUACAUUUUCGUCUAGGAAAAUUUUAUUUUGCACAGAAACAAUAUUCAGAAGGACUACAAGAAUUUGGGAAAAUAAUCGAUAUUCAGGUUGAACUAUUAGAUGAAGCGGAUAUCAAUCAUCCCUUAAUAACGAAAACCUUCACAGAAUUGGGCUUAUAUUAUCAGAAAAUUGAUCGACUUAUACAAGCAUUGAAAUAUUUUCAGCUCGCAUUGCAGCAGAAUUCAAAUGAAAAGCUCGAACCUCGUUUGGAACUCGACAUCGAGAUAUGUAAACAAAUUAUAAAAUGCCACAUGGACGCGUUCGCAAUGAAUGAUCUUUCUAUAUCUACACGAGAAAAUAAUCAUGAUAUUAGACAACUAGAAAUCCUUUGCUAUCAAGAUGAUAAUGAAAAUAUUUUAGACAUGGCAAUGGAAUUGCAAUCAACAGGUGUUCACUUUUCAAACUUUGGAACAAAGCUAAAAUUUGAUCGGUCGUUAACGUUGCAACAGACGAGAACUCUGUGUGGCUUUGUUCGUAAUGGUUCAGAUAUUCAAUACCUAAUCUUUUUAGAUGGAGUGUGUGAAGACGAGGUAGGAUGGAUGCACUUAACUGAUGCAUUGGCUGUAAAUGAUACUAUGCACAGCCUUUCUAUUUCUCAGAGCAUGUCUCAUUCACAUAAAAUUUCCAAGAACGUUUGUCAGGCUUUUGCUACAGCGAUUAAGGUUAAUAAGACAUUAACCGAACUAAGCCUAACUAAUUUUUCCAAUCCUCGGAUGACAUUACUAUUAUUCGAUGCCUUAUUGGAUUGCAGUCGAUUGUUGACAAAUCUGUGUAUUUCCGAAAUUAAAAUAUCAAACAAAGCUGCUCAAUAUCUUAGUGAAAUGCUAAAGUGUAGCAAAGUGAUUGCUCAAAUUGAUCUGAAGAAUACUAAACUCACAUCGUGUGGUAGUAAAUUCAUCGCCUUUGGAUUACAAGUUAAUGACAGUCUAGUUUCUCUGAACUUAUCUCAUAAUGAAAUCCGCUGCCGUGGAUGUCGUGCGAUUGGCAAUGCGCUGAAACUGAACAAAACUUUGUCCACCCUUUAUAUAUCUUACAAUAAAGUGAAAUCAAGCGGUAUGCAAUCGAUCGGAGAAGCAUUGUCAAUAAAUCAAAGUCUAACAAAACUUUUUUUGAAUGAUAAUAAUAUUGGUUGUAUCGGCGCUGCAUAUAUUGCUAGUGGUUUAAAAAGUAAUAAAACGUUGAAAAUUUUAUCGCUAUCAUUUAACAAAAUAUCUAAUUAUGGUGCUACAACUCUUGGUGAUAGUUUACGUAUUAACACAACAUUAUAUCAUCUCGACAUAUCGCACAAUUUGCAGUUGUUAUCGUCUAAUAGUUUAUCUUUUGCGGAGGGUAUUCAUUUGAAGAUAUUACAUUUAAGCGGCAUUCAUUUAUGCGACAGUGAAUUGCAGUUUCUAGUGAGUAGUUUGGUAAGCUCUACCAAUCUGACCAAACUAGAAUUGGAAUUUAAUGAAUUAAGUGCCGAUGGCUGCAUAUUCAUUGAACACCUACUGAAAAAUAAUAAUACUCUAAAUGAAUUAGCAUUGAGCUAUAACAAACUAACUGACUUGGGUCUCAAGUAUAUUUGCGAAGGUUUAGCUGUGAAUAAGGCAUUGGAAACUAUUCAUCUAAAUUCAUGUGCAAUCACUGACUAUGGAAUGGAUUCCAUUAGUGAGAUGCUGAAGAAAAACAAAGUUCUAACGCGACUUAAACUGCGGGAUAAUAAAAUCACUGAAAUUGGUGUAGAUGUACUAAAAGAAUCGUUGAAAUUCAAUAGAGUAUUAGAACAACUUAACACCGAUAGCUUUGAAAUAACAGAAACAGACCGUUACUCAGAAUUAGACAAAAAUCAAACAGAAAUUGCUCAAGCGCAAACAGUUAUAACCACUAUUGCAAAUUUCUUUGGAGCAGAACAAAAGAAUAGAAGUGAGCUUUAUGAUACUCAAUUAGAGGAUAUUUCAAAUGAAAUAUUAGUCGAUAAUACUGACAAUAGUAGCGUUAAAUAUAUAUACGACGAAAGCGGAUUGUGUGUGAAACAUAUUGUUAACGAGUAUGAUAAUUUACUUGUAGUAGAUGGUGACGCUUUACUCCACCAACAAUCUCUCUACCGAAAAGAAAUUUUAAAAGAUGGUAAUAACUUUUUUCGUGCGAUUAGUGAUUGCAUACAUGGCAAUGACAGCCGCUGUGAUUUUUAUCGACAAUGCGCUAUUGACUAUGUAAAAAAAAAUCCAAAUGAGUUUUAUGAACAUACAUGGUGCUUUAAUCCAACGUUAUCCGUCGAUGAUUAUUUAGUUAAUAUGGCAGAUAGUACUAAACCAGCUGAUACAGUAUUAAUAAGAUCAUUAUGCCAACAAAUGAAUGUGAAUUUGAUCAUGCAUCGUCUAAUUUUCCAGCCAGUUAUUAUUUGUGUGAACGAAAACAACAGAGAUGGAAAACAAUUACAUCUAUACACAUCUGAUUUUGGAAAAUAUUUUGAUAGUGUUCACUCACAUAUGCAACCUGAUGAGACAUUGACUAAUAUAUUUAUUGAACCUAAUCAUUGUACCGAAGAUCCAUUGUUUUUUUUCACCCGCUCUUUUUAA